CCGAAUGGCAGACGUCGAAACCGACUUUUCCGCCCAGCAACAGCAACAGGCGCUUGAUGACGAGCCAGUCGACGACUCUUCCCAGCAGCAGCAGCAACAGCAGGCGGAGGAAGAAUACGGAUCGCAGCUCAUUCAGCCCAAGAAGGUAGUCGGCAAGUCGCUCAUGCCGGGUCUCUCCAACGGCGCGCUCCAAGUCAACCUGCAGGGCGCCCGGCGCAAGACCGAAGAAUCCCCCUCGUGGCAAAAGGAGGUCGCCAUCAACAAGCUCGGCAAGAGCAAGGAAAAGGAGGCCGCCCCCGUCUCGGGCGAGCUUGCCGACAAGCUCCGACGCAAGUCCGAGACGAUCGAGCAGGCACAGAAGCAGGAGCAGGCCGAGAAGAAUGCUCCCGAGUUUGAAAAGAAGCUCAAGUCGAUGAGCGCCGCUCGCGACCAGAAGGAGAAGGAGAAGGAGGCAGGCCUCGUUCGAAACAACACGCCCACCAUCGACGUGGGUGUGUCGCCCAGUGCGGCGUCCAGUGCAUUCGGCAGCACUCUGAAAAAGUCCCCUGGCCCCAACACCACGGCCUCCAACCCCACCACACCAAACACGCCCCUCACACCGAGCUCUGCAACCUCUGGCACAUCAUUCAAAAUCUCGCCAUCAAGCUCCGGCAACAACCUCGCGGCAUCCGCCAGCCCAGCAGCAGCCAGCAAAGCCGGCGCCUCGGCAGCCGCAGCAGCAGCAGCUGCACCAGCACCAGCACCCGCCGCCGACACAACCCCAGCAUGGAAGAAGAGCUUGACAUCGUCGGCCACUACUCCGGCCGCUGCUGCUGCUGCUGCUGCUGCACCAGCACCAGCUCCCGCCGCCGACACAACUCCCGCAUGGAAGAAGAGCUUGACUACUGGUGCCGCCUCUACCACUACCCCGGCUGCCGCAGCAUCAUCAGCAGCAACGGCAGGUGGCGCAGGACUGGCAACCCCCGCAUCAACUCCCUCCUGGAAGCGAAACUCGUCGGGUGCUGCUAUUACUCCGGAGGCUGCUGCGGCUGCAGUUGCAGGAGCAACACCUACGACGUCUUCAACGGCAAGCCCUCGCACAUCCUUCACGGGUACUCCCGGAUCUUCAGCUGACAACACGCCGUCGUGGAAGAAGAAUUCUACGGCCGGAGCAGCGCCAGCAGGCACAACCGCCACCGUUCAGAGGACGCCCUCGACAAGCACGCCCGCGACCGCGACCGCCACCGUCCAGAGGACGCCCUCGACAACCACGCCGGCGACCGCAAGCGCUCAAAAGCCUGCAGCAACAACACCUGCUGCUACUGCUGCUGCCACGCCUGCCACCGUCUCACCUCCAGCUGCCUCGACAGACAAUCUUCCUGCUUGGAAGAAAGAGUUGUUGGCAAGCCGAGCGGCUAAGUAGUCAUAGCUGACGCGGCGAGGAAUUCAAAUCUUUGAUUUUUUCCGACUCUGAUUUUGUAUGUUUUUGUUGUCGUUUGUUUCUUUCGGUUUGCAUUGUCUGCCACAAUUUAUUAUUUCUCGUGCACAAAGA